CUAGUGACAGCGUCAGGAAAAUGGCGGCGAGCUGUGAAGUGAAUUGAGGAUGUCAACAUUGCGCUUCUCCACCCGAAACAAGUGACGCUUUCUCUCUCUUUUACGCGUCGUUCACCCAGCCAGGGUUGUGGAACAGGAAGGCGCAUCCUUUGUUCGGACGAAAAACAACGCCGAGAAUAUUUUUAAAUGAUCGUUUUUAUAGUGCUGUGCUUUGAAAAGUCCAUUUCAGCUAGCUAACGGUUAACUAGCCGCCUGCUCGAGCCUCGAGAAAAGCCUGCGCGAGCCGUGAGGAGAACUUUCUCCUGCACUUUUCCUGUCGUAAAGUAAUGUUUGGAAUGCUUUUUUCUAAUUUAAUUGAUUUCCCGUGACUCGUUAAUUAAAUGCGUGGAGAGUGUUUUGCGCUAGUGUGAGCGUUUUCUUUCUUUUUUCCCCGUCAGCUGGAAGUGCAGACUCGGCGGAUGUUGUCCGCAUCUCUGUCGCACUUUUAAAGGGGGCAACAUCAGGCAGGACUGCUGAACGGGGGGGGGUGGGGGUCGUUUUUAUUUAUUUAUUUAUUGUUUACACUGGUGCUGUUUACAGAGGCCAUGGCGCAUUCGCCGGUGCAGGGCAGUUUACCUGGGAUUCAGAGUUUGCGAGCCGACCCCGAGCAGCUGUUCACCAAGCUGGAGCGCAUCGGCAAGGGCUCGUUCGGCGAGGUCUUCAAAGGCAUCGACAAUCGCACGCAGAAGGUGGUGGCCAUCAAGAUCAUUGACCUGGAGGAGGCCGAGGACGAGAUCGAGGACAUCCAGCAGGAGAUCACCGUCCUGAGCCAGUGUGACAGCCCCUUCGUCACCAAGUACUACGGCUCCUACCUCAAAGGCUCAAAGCUGUGGAUCAUUAUGGAGUAUCUUGGCGGAGGAUCAGCGCUGGAUUUGCUGGAGCCCGGUGCUCUGGAUGAGGCUCAGAUCGCCACUAUCCUGCGGGAGAUCCUGAAGGGUCUGGAGUAUCUGCAUUCUGAGAAGAAAAUUCACAGAGAUAUCAAAGCUGCCAAUGUGCUGCUGUCUGAGCAGGGCGAGGUCAAACUGGCAGACUUUGGUGUAGCAGGUCAGCUGACGGACACACAGAUCAAGCGCAACACGUUCGUAGGGACGCCUUUCUGGAUGGCACCAGAGGUCAUUAAACAGUCCGCUUACGACUCAAAGGCUGAUAUCUGGUCUCUGGGGAUCACAGCGAUCGAGCUAGCAAAAGGCGAGCCGCCUCACUCGGACCUGCAUCCCAUGAAGGUCCUCUUCCUCAUCCCAAAGAACAACCCGCCCACGCUGGAGGGCAACUACAGCAAACCGCUCAAAGAGUUUGUGGAGGCGUGUUUAAAUAAGGAGCCCAGUUUUAGACCCACAGCCAAAGAGUUGCUAAAGCACAAGCUGAUCGUGCGUUACGCUAAGAAAACCUCCUACCUGACCGAGCUGAUCGACCGAUACAAACAGUGGAAGGCCGAGCAGUGCCGAGAUGACUCCAGCUCCGACGAUUCCGACUCAGAAGCUGAUGGACAGGCGUCCGGUGGAAACGACUUCAGCAACGAUGAGUGGAUCUUCACGAUUCGGGAGAAAGACCCCAAAAAGCUGCAAAACGGAGCCAAUGUGGACGAGCAGGUGAAAAAUCACAUCCUCAAGAUCCUAAUCUAUAAACUUUUUGCGUUUAAUAUCCUUAUUUUACACUCUGUGUGUGUGUGUGCAUGUUUGUGCUCGUUCUUGAUGCAGGAUACACCUCAGAGGCCGCUGUCACAGAUCUUAUCUACCGUUAUCACACCAGUCUUCACAGAGCUGAAAGAGCGGGGUGGUGAACUCGCAGUAAAGCCAGACGUGUUAGACGAGUUAGGAGAGGCCAUGUUACUUGCCGAAGAAACGUAUCCAGGGAUCUCUGACGUCAUGGUGACCCAGCUUAUACAGAGACUACAACGGUUCUCCCGAGCCAGGACGUCUUCCUCUUCUCCUCAGUGAUCGGUCCGUUCGGAAUAUCAGUCAUGCCGAAGCCCCUCCCACAAUGCACCGGGUCAGCGAAUCACAAUACCAGCAUCCUCAGAGUGCUGAGUGUCCUUUAAACUCCACAAGCUUCCUGUUCGAGAAGGAUGAUGAAGAAUCUUUGUGUAUAUUUGCUGCGUGUGUGUGUGUUUGUAGUGUGCACGUGCACACACAUGCACACACACUUACACACACUCGACUGCAUAGCGAGCGAACAACUUCUGGAAGCUUCUGCGUCACGACAUCAGCAAGCGGGGAAAAACAUCGCUGAAACCCUUAAAAAGCAACCAUAGCAUGGCUCUGAACAAACAGCAUGGAUAUGUGUGUGUGUGUGUGUGUGUGUGUGUGAGAGAGAGAGAAGACGAGUGUGUGUCCAAGCCCUUUCCAUGCGAAAGGAGAUAUCAGAUGUGCGUCACCUGGACUAGACAGAGUUGGGAUGCGUGUAUAGACGUGUAUAUACUUUUACACACUCUCAGAUUUUCUCCCCCAAGCGGAUCACUGUGUACAGACGGCCACGCCCUGCUGUAGAUAAUGUUAGAAUUAAAACAAAACAAAAAAACUGAAAAGAGAGAGAAAAGGUAAAUGUUUAAAAACCGAGCCUCUCAAAUGGCCAUUACUGAGAUUGCCUUGCCUUUUUAUGGAAUGUAUGUUACAUUUUGCGGGUGCUCUGUUUCAUUUUAAUAUAUAUAUAAAUAUAAAAGAGAGUUUUACUCAAAAUCAUAAAUAAUGAUUUUUAUUCUA